GGCACACAAACACUCACAGUGCAGAGAAAUAUAGGAAGUAGAGGGUAACACUGCAGAAAGCUUAUGUGUUUUCUAAAAGGAAGGAGCAGACACCAAAGAUUUAGAACAUUGGGUGAUGCCAGUGAUCCAGGAACCAGCAGACAAAAUGUUCUUUGAAAAUGCCAGCCUGCAGCAACCACGUCGCCACCACGAAUUCUUUCUGCGCAGUAGACCCUACAGGGGCGAACCACCAACAGUGGCAGGAUUCCUCCUCUACCCGGACACACCUGCUAAGAUGGAGACCACAUCACGUGAGGCUUUCUGCUUCAGGCCCAUCCCAGACCAAGAUCCAGGCAAAGGUCAACAGACUUGGCUCACCCUAGAGAGAAGAGGAAACAGACGCGAGGACAGAGAAGUGAGCGGGAAUGAGCAAGAAGGCAACCGUGAUCACAUGUCAGCAGCAGCAAAAAACGAACAGGAAACAGCCCAGAUGCAGUCUCGGUAUCAGAAAGACUUCCCUCCCCCAUCCUCCUGCCACAGGAGGCGGACACCUGCUUUCCCGCAGCCUGACAACAUUGGCAUCAACCCUGCGUUCAGGAUCAACUUCAGCACGGUCCAAAGAGAGACUUACCCAGGGUGGCCCAUUGUGAAUGUCGGGUACGGUGGAAGGCAAAGACCAGCUAAGCAUGACUUCUAAGCGGUAGUGGAAAUCAUCUUGCAUGUUUGCAUACAUGCAUAAUUAAUAUUAAAUGUCAAAGUCAUAUUUAACAAAUGCUUGAAAUUUGUCUUGUCCCAGCAUGUAUUCCCAAUAAUCAUACAGUAAUAAACACAAACCAGU